AUGAAGACGUUUACCGGCGCUGCGGCUGCUGCAGCGCUGCUGUCGCUCGUCAGCGGCCAAAACACAUACUCUAUUGACAGCGAUGAUGCGAUCAAGAAGAGCGCGGCCACAAUGGCCGAGGAUCUGCUCAAGCACUACCACGGAGACGAGCCCGGCCAGGUACCUGGUAUUCUCCCCGGUCCGCCGCCGGCUGGACCGUACUACUGGUGGAUUGGAGGUGCCAUGUGGGGGACGCUCAUCGAUUACUGGCAUGUAACAGGCGACACAACGUACAACGACCGGGUCAUGCAGGCGAUGCAGUUCCAGGUCGGCGAGAACAAGGCGUACAUGCCCAACAACUACACGGCCUCGCUGGGAAACGAUGACCAGGGCUUUUGGGGCAUGUCGGCCAUGCUGGCUGCCGAGGUCAAGUUUCCCGAUCCGCCUUCGGACAAGCCCUCGUGGCUCGGCCUGGCCCAGGCUGUCUGGAACACGCAGGCCAGCCCGGACCGACACGACAAGGAGUGCAACGGCGGUCUCCGAUGGCAGAUUCCAUUUGCCAACAACGGCUACGACUAUAAAAACACCAUUGCCAACGGCAUCUUCUUCAACAUGGGUGCCCGCCUAGGCCGUUAUACGGGAAACCAGACGUACCUAGACUGGGCCGAAAAGACGUUUGACUGGGUCGAGGGCGUUGGCUACAUCGACCCCGAAACAUACGCCAUCUAUGACGGUGGUCACGUUGAGCACAACUGCACCGAUAUCAACAAGGUCGAGUUCUCGUACAACAAUGCCGUCUUUCUGCAAGGCUGCGCGGUCAUGUACAACCACACGCAAGGAGCGGCAAAGUGGAAAAAGUGUCUGGAUGGUCUGCUGAAGCACGGAUUGGAACACUUUUUCCCCAAGGACGACGUUGCGUACGAGCCUGCAUGCGAGGGCGUCAAGACGUGCACGCAGGACAUGUUGUCAUACAAGGGCUACACGCAUCGGUGGUACGCGGCGUCGGCGCAGAUGGCGCCGUACAUUGCGGACCAGGUGGCGCCGGUUCUCAAGAAGUCGGCGGCGGCGUGCAUCAAGCAGUGCACGGGAGGCGACCAGGCGCGGCAGUGCGGCUUCUACUGGCAGUCUGGUGUGUGGCAGGCGCCGGACCCGGGCAACUCGGGGGCGGCUCAGCAGAUGGACGCGGUGGCGGCCAUGGUGUCGCUGCUGUACCCCGACUCGAAGCCGGCGGUGACGGCGGACACGGGCGGGACGUCCAAGAGCGACGUCAACGCGGGCGUGGGCCAGGCCAACGCGUACCACAAGGAGCCGAAGCCGAUCACGACGGCGGAUCGUGCGGGAGCCGGCAUCCUUACCUUUGUGCUGCUGAGCGCGGCGCUGGGCAUGUUUGGCUGGAUGAGCGUGGGCAUUUAG